AUGAAAGUGGAUAUAAUGUUUCUCAGGCGGAAACCCAGAAUUCUCUAUGAUCCGCAGCCACCCGAAAACCGUGAAGUACUAUUUUGGAUAAUAUUAGCUGGAGCAAUAGCUCCUAUACUGUGGCUGUCUAUUGCUUACUGUGUACUUAUCUCAAUGGAAAAUCAAAGAUUAAUGGAGGAGUUGGAGGAGCGAUUAGAAGGUGUUGAGCAUCAGGAAAGUCCAGCAGAACAAGCUAAGAAGCCAGAGCAACAAAUAGGCAGUGAAAAGGUGAAUAUAUAACA